GGAGACAGAUGAUUUGAAGGAAGGCCAACGGACUCUUCUGACUGUUCAGACUAAGGGUCGUCGCCUUAGCAAUUCGAUUUCAGCCAAAUUAAUUGAGUUAUCAAGAACACAAAUGAAUUUUAGUUGACGAAUGCACAUAACUUAGCAAAAUUAUCUAGACAGAGCUCAGUAUUAGUUGUUAUUUAUUCGAAAUAUUUAUAACUGCUGAGUUUACGCGUGUUUUAAGUGAAAAAUGGAGCAAAUGCAGUUGACACCUUGUAAGACCCUGGAGCAGCACGAACCUACAUCUCCCAGGAGUCCUCACAAGACACCCAGCAGGAAGGACAAGCCCACGACAUACCAUGCGACAGCUGCGAGCUUUACUCUCAUCCCCAAUCACAGAACUCCACCCUCGGGAAUCACGAGGUUUAUGGCAAGGAAUCCCUUCGAUGCAGAUCUCACGAAUCGUUUGCAUCUCUCGGUAAUCAGUCCAACGAUAUUCAGCAAGGUUUCACCGAAGGUACAAGGCUCCCCAGCCUUCGCCUGGACGAUUGACGAGCUGGCAAUCAUGACCCCAGCCAUGAUUGACGAAUUUCCUGUCCAACAAAACCACUCUUCUGAUCCUGACAUGGAAAUUCAUGCUCAACAAGCCAUCGACAAAUUUUUCAGUGAAUCACAAAUCCACCCAAGCCCCUGGAAGUUGAAGAAGGAGACUCAACCACUAGUGGUCAUGACUCCAACAACCAGACCAGUGGAAGCAUUGAGUAUCAGCAGAGUAUCCCAAAUCGCCACGAAAGACUGUGCAACCCAAACAGUAUUAACCCUACCCCCGGUUCUUCCCAAGGACCUCGAAGACGCUCUAAAGCCCUAUUUCACCUACACUCAGGACCAGAACACCCCUUCCGACACCGACGACGCCAACUCCAGUAACAAUUCCCUUCGUAGAAAAUUAUUUUUCACUCACGACGAGUCCAGUGACGACGACGACGAAAGUUCCUUUAUCCUGUCCCCCCUGAAGCCCUCGAGCCCACCCCAGAGUGGAAUGAUGGUGCAUGGAACACCCCUCCGAGGUCGUCCUUACAAUAUGCAACGUAAUCACGGCACUCCAUACACAAAUUCCAAACAUCUCUCUCCCUUGAACAUGUCACCAAUUUGCAAUCCCACCCUGGACAUGUCGUGCCAGAGUAUUCAGUCUCACCGACGUUCUGUGACUCGUCUGGACUUCACCCCAUUUAUGAGCAUAGAUGUCUCCUCGUCUGAGGAGAAAGACUCCGAGGAGACUCCAACAUCAUUGACUCAUCCAGGGACCAUCUUCGAGGAGAGUCUUGAGUCCCACAGUCCAGCGCCUCUCACCAAAAACAACACUAUUGAGAUGGUUUCACUUCUUCAGGAGUCUACUUCCUUCAACCCCGCGAUUCCCAUCACUAUUGAGGUAAGUAAGAUCGACAGAGUCAAGGAGACCACCGACUGGUACAGAAAUACCUCCAACGAGAGCAUCGGCGGACAGAAACAUGGAAUUACUCUCCUCAGAUCUAAUUAUUCAGAACAAAGCAGUGCCUUCAAUUUUGCUCAGGACACUGGCUAUCAAACCUACAGUAUGAAUAAUACCUCUGACAAUCGCAGUAUUACUCCACUAAAAAAACAGGCCACUUGGAGUGAGAGAAUUACUUCCAUCAGUGAAAUUGACGAGGUCAAGUCCUCCAACUGGAAGGAAAAUUUGGAGAACAUGUACAGUUCCACUCCCUCGAAAUACGGCAGGCAGAGAACUAAUUAACGAGAGCUCAAUGCAAAGAGCUUAUACAGUUGCUCAAAUAAUUGUACGACUAGAUAUGUAGAAAGAAAAGGAAGGGGUGAAAUUUUACAGAGAGCUGAUACUGAAUGCCUAAUUAUUUCGAAAAUGAUUGGAAAUUGAUCUUAUUGGACAGUUAAUCACAGCGGAAAGUAUUUUCUAAACAUAUUUCAUUGUCAAUUUAUGAAUAAGCCAUCUCGAAAACUAAUUAGAUAGUAAUGUCAACACUUGUAUCGAUUGAAUGCCAUUUACUUUUUGAUGAUAUAUAUUCACUAAAAUGGAAGUGAAUUAGUAAAUAAUAAAUGUGUAGACAUGAUUUUUGGGAUGAAUAAUGAGUGCAAUUCUGGGAGAAGAAUGAAAGAAAUUGUUGGCGUACUGCUAGGAUUUUAGUCAUUAUUAUUACUAAACAAUGUUCGAUUCGGCAAGAAGAAAAUUGUGAUAUUCAACCCCACACGUAGAUGAAUGUCAUCACUUAUUUAACGAGUUAAAUAUAAGCACAAUCAGGAUCCUGAAUGAUUUUCAUAUGUGCUGGACUGAUGAAAUAUUGAAAAAUUCUGUAGAUACUUUGGUAAUUUUAAGUAAUACUGGAGGAGCUGCUACAACAUAUUGUUAUUUUGUUUAUUAAGCACUGGAAGUAACGGGUGAAUUGAAUAAUACAUUUUAUACUUUUUGUCAUCUUUUUUAUACCAAACUUUAAAUAAAUCGAGUGAAGCUACU